UAUUGAAUUUGCUUGAUUAUAACAUCCGGAAAAUAGCCACUUUGCGAGGCUUUUUGGAUGAUGAGCUAAAUUUCUCGGAGUUUUUUUCUUCUUCUUUUUUUGUAGUGUUCGAGUGAUUGGCAAAUAACUGACUCGAACUCCAUCAAAUACAAUGGAUCUUGCCAACGCCGUUGGCAACUCGGAUGGGUUCCAUCGGCCAACCGCUUAAGGACAUCCCGUCGUACUAAUAAUGAUGUUGACAGACCUAAACUAUAAAGAUCAAUAACCUAUUAGACUAGGUUUAGUUAGCGAAUCCAUGCUGCACACCGAUAUGUAGCUUGCGUCAAGUAUGGACGCUACAAUGUGUUAUAUAACUAACGUAGCUUCUUCUAGGACCUCCUAGCAGUCUCUUGUUGCAUUAUCAAUCAAUCCAAAAGAAGCCGGUCUUGGCCUUGACAGGUGGGUCCUCUGAGUUCAGUCCAGACUAGCCAGGCACCAUGGGCCGCAUCAGCCUCCCACAUCGCAAGCUUCGGAUACCUGCCACGACACAAGAUUGAUGGCCUUGUUACAUAUCGCCUUACGUAUGUUUUCAAUCUAGGCCAGACCGAGUCGCAUUUUGCAUUCCACACCCUUGUUACGCCACUCAUUUUUCAAAUACGGCCGUUUGGAUUACCAACGUUGGCUAAGCUACAAACACCACUAUAUAUGUUCCGUCGCUACCCGACGACAAAGCCGCAAAGAUGGCAGCCUCUUCCUCAUCCAACAACCCUCCGACAAGCGACGAGACCUCAUAUGUAAAGAUGGUGCAGAACAACCGAGAGGGCUCGGUGGGCAACGUAGAACUCAUCGGCAAACACUGCGAGGCCGAAUACUGCAACCAGCUCGAUUUCCUCCCGUUCCUCUGCCAAUCAUGCGGCCACUACUACUGCGGUGACCACCGCACCGAGACGGCCCACAAGUGCGUCAAGGCCGGCGCCUGGGCCGAGAGGAAACGAAAGGCCGCACUGUCGCGGCCCACUGCUGGCGAGGGCAGGAUGAUCAACGACAGCGUCACCAAGAAGCCCUGCGCCUCGCCGGAGUGCAAAACCACCAUCGGCACGGGCCUGGUCCCCGGGGUGCACUGCUCGACCUGCAACCGCGACUACUGCCUCAAGCACCGUAUGCAGGAGGAGCACAACUGCAAGAACCUCGUACCCAUCGGCGCACGCCCCGCGGCUCAGCACCACGUAGAGAACGCGGCCGACAAGGCGCGCUCGGCGCUGAGUCGGCUGAGGGCUUGGGGAACCAAGAAGAAGGAGGAGGCCGGGCGGGCUCUGCCAAAGCCCAAACCGUCCAGCGCGGCGCAGCGGAUGAUUGCGGUGAAUAACCUCAAGAAGACAGCCAAAGGCGACGACAAGGUGCCUCCGGAGAAGCGGGUGUACCUGUACGUCGAGGCCGAGGCCGAAACUACAGUUGCGAAGCUGUCCAAGGGUCAGUUUUUCUACAGCCAGGACUGGGUUAUAGGCCGGGUUCUCGAUGCCGCCGCAAAGAGUCUGCAAAUACAAAACGUCAACAACCAGUCCGAGUCGGAGCGUGACAAGCUGCGCGUAUUCCACGUUGAAGGCGGUAGGCUACUGGAGUUUAAUGAAAAGGUUGGAUCGGCGCUAGUCAGCGGGAAUACGAUUGUUCUUCUUCGGGGUGUUGGGCCGCCUCAAGAACUUAUAGAAAUGUGAAGGAGGUUGCAGUUAAUCGUCACUCUUGUUCAUUUUCUGGUAUUUAUCAUUUGUUAUGUGGUGCAUUGGCGAGGCGUCGGGAAUGGUUUAUUUUUUACAUUAUUAAUUGUUGAGUAGCGUAGCUAGGUGGGUAGGUAGGUAUAUACCAUCAACAAGCGGGGUAUAUACUUGUCAAAUGCAUGUCAUCAAAGUUGAACACACCGUUCAUCAUACACACUUUAGCGUCUGCACUAGAGUUCCU